AGCGCUGCCAACAAUUUGAAGCUUCAGUCGUCGUUGUAACGUUUUAAUUGAGAAUUCUACACAGGUAUGAUAUUUGCACCCCAACUUCACUACGGCUUGGCAUGUAUACUCCACGUUAUAAGUUCAAUCCCAUUGUUGGACGGACAUGUGCUGUCGAUGGUAUUAAUACCCGGUUCAAUGGCACGAAAGAGAACGUUAUCGAGGUGGAGUCAUUGUGCUGCCGUUGCCGAAGAGAAUCCUGCUACUUGCCGGCGUGCCCUCGUUCAAAUGCCCGACAAAGAGCUUGUGGUAACCAUUAGAACUGCGACGUAAUCGGGACCUGUAUUUAAA